CGUUAUGUCAAAGUGAAUGAGAUGAAGUAUUCAGUUAGUGUCCUGAUGCGAUAUCAAAUGAGGGUUAAUUUAAGAGGACUUUCGUUUGGCUACGUGAGAUCUUUUCAUUGUUUUAUCUAGUCAUUGAAGUAAUUCCUCACGGCCUUGAAACCUUCAGUGCACAGAAUGAAUAUUUUUAUUUGCAGAAUAAUUCUACAUAAAUGACAUUAAGCGAUCGCUUUAAAGAAGUUGAAACCCAUCUUUGCGGUUUCAAAAUCACUGAUUUAUCAUCGCUGUCUUAUGGUACAGCUGGUUUUCGCUUGCCGGCUCAUAAGCUAAGUGGUGUAGCAAUACGACUAGGAAUACUGGCUUGUCUCAGAUCUGUGAACUUGCAUUGUAGAGCGAUGGGUAUAAUGAUAACUGCUUCUCACAACCCACCGUGUGAUAAUGGAAUAAAAUUAGUCGAUCCGGACGGUGGUAUGUUGGAUACUGAGUGGGAGCCAAUUGUUGUUGAUUUCAUGCGUUGCCCUGAAAAUUCUGUCUCCGAAUGGUUAUCGGAGCACUCUUUAUGUACAGAAGACAAUCAAUCGCCUCAUAUUGUUUUGGGAUAUGAUACUCGUGAGAGCUCGCCGGCGUUAGCAGUCGAAGCUAAACAAGGCAUCGAUAUGAUGCAUGGUGUUUGUCAUGAAAUUGGUCUAGUAACUACACCUCAGCUUCAUUAUUUUGUCCAAUAUAUUAAUACAAAUAAUAUUAUUGGCACAAACCAACUGCCUGAUUUGCAAACUAUUUAUGUUGAUCAGUUUGCUGAACGUUUCACUGCAGCUUUAGAGAAUCUUCAAAGUUGUACUGAAUCGAUACAUUUAAAUGUUGAUUGUGCACAUGGUGUUGGAUAUAAAGUAUUGGAAAAUUUCAAGACAUAUUUUUCUUCUGUUGAAAGUUCACGUAGAUUAAUUUUACAUUUAUACAAUAAGGAAAUGAAGAAAUAUGAACUCUUAAAUAAAAAUUGUGGAGCAGAUUUUGUAAAGAUUACAAUGCAUACACCAAAAUUAACUCCACCUCAAAAAGAAUCUAUCAUGUAUCCUGAUCGAUGGGCAACAAUUGAUGGAGAUGCUGACAGACUGAUUUAUUUUCGACCAGUUCUUACCAACUGCACACUGUCGUCAGAAGACGCUAAGAUUUUUGAAGGUGGUAAUGAUGAAUUACAUCCAGUAGGUGUUUGUUCUCAAUCAGUUGAACUUCUAGAUGGUGAUCGUAUAUCAUGUCUGUUUGCUCAUUUUCUAGUCAAAGUUUUAAAGUCAGUUUCUUCUGAACAUGAUUUAACUAUUGGAGUAGUUCAAACAGCUUAUGCCAAUUCUGCGUCUACUCGUUAUUUAACUGAACAACUCAACGUAUCAGUAGUCUGUGUACCGACUGGUGUCAAGCAUUUACAUCAUGCAGCACAAAAUUAUGAUUUCGGAAUUUAUUUUGAAGCAAAUGGACACGGAACAGUCUUGUUUUCUACAAAAGUUCUGAACUUUGUCGAAAAUUUGAAUGUAAAUAAUCCACUACGAACGUUUGUUGAUUUAACGAAUACAUCAAUUGGGGAUGCUAUAGCUGAUAUCCUAUUAGUCGAAUAUACUCUGGCCUGGUUGAAUUGGUCACUUGUUAAUUGGUUUGCCAUGUAUAAAGAUUUACCAUCGAAACAGUUGAAAGUUACUGUUGCUAAGCGUGAUGCUAUUAAAGUUACAUGGGAUGAAAAAUCUAUCACAAAUCCAGUUGAAUUACAAGUUGCUAUCGAUGAAGCUAUUAAACAGGUGGAUAAAUCUUUUGGUAAUAUUGGGAUAUCACGGGCAUUCGUUCGUCCUUCAGGCACUGAAAAUGCUGUGCGUGUUUAUGCCGAGUCUUAUACACAUGAAGCAACUGACUGGUUAGCGGCAACAGUUUCUGUAUUAACUUACCAACUGGCUGGUGGAGUUGGUCCCCAACCCACUACUCCUGAACCUCUUUCUCUUAAUUGUAGUUAAUUAGUAAUUUUUAUUUAUAAAAAAGGAACUAAAUAUAUUACAAUUUUAUGUCUUUCCUCGUGUGUUUGGUUAUUACUGUGUUUCUCUAUUAUCAGUGAUCAUGUUUUUGUUGUUAUUUCUGCUUUCAGUUGUUUAAUUUUUGGCCAUAUACAACAUAUGCAGUUGUUAAUUUUUAUUAUUUCAUGGAGAGAUAGUCCGUGUAAUUGUAAUACUUCUUUAUGCAACGCGAUAAAUACAUAUAUAUUUACAA